AACAUGGUUCCAGCAAUAGUGUCUAGAGUAUAUCACAUUACCACUUUUGUGUGGUACCUUUUGCUCAUUUAUUUGCUUCUCAACACUCAGUCCAAUCACUCGGUUCCAGGACUGUUCCUAUACGCUGGUCAGUGGAAGUAUCUCACAUUCCUCAAUUUAUUCCUGCAGACUUUUUUCAAUGGGUUGAGUAUCCUGGUGGAUGCACUGGGACCUGUGAUGUGGAUUCGGUCAUUUAGAGAUCUCCUCUUCUCAGUCCUGGCUUUUCCUGUUGGCACUUUCGUUGUCACAUCCUUUUGGCUUUUGUUCACGUAUGACAGAGCAUUGGUAUACCCUGAAGAUCUUGAUGCAUUCAUUCCUCUGUGGCUGAACCAUGCAGUGCAUACUGUAGUAUUGCCACUGAUCUUGUUGGAGUUGUUCAAUACACCACACCAAUAUCCAAAACGAAGAACAGGACUUCUUAUCCUCGGGCUUGUUUCCAUUUCAUACCUGCUGUGGGUUCUGUGGAUUUACUAUGCAGCUGGCGCAUGGGUCUACCCCCUAUUGGGUCUAUUUAAUCGACUAGGCCUGGUGUUGUUUUUCUCAGUGAGUCUUCUGUUGGUGUUGCUUUUAUAUCUUCUGGGAGAGAAGCUCACUUUGUUAAUCUGGGAUGCUGCCAGACCUACUGAGCUUUUCCAGCAACUUCUGUUUUUGUUUUGGUUGUCUCCAGUGUCUAGGUCGCUGCUUGGUUUAACUGAUAAAACAAAGAAAACAUAAAUGAGAUGCAAGCCUGUCAGCCUCUAUCAGGAAUUUGGCGUCUUGUAAACCUUGGAACACCCUGCUACAGCUUUCUUUCCUGUAUCCCAUAACAGCCUUUCUACACAAAACAAACCUUUUUCUAGCCUGACAAUUGUGCUACUGUUUGUAUUCAUUCAGGUUGAUGCUUCAUUCAACACAUACUAAACUCUCUCAGAACUUAGGAUCUGUAGAUGAAUAAGGAAGCACGUGAAGUCAACCAGCAAUAUUGUCAUCCAAUAAAUAAACUGAGACUGAAAUUCUUAGGUUCCAAGAGGGUGAAAAUCAUGGAGCUGAAAUUUAGGACAAAACUGAUAGAAAAUUAUUUGGACAGUGUCUUUCUAUAUUUUAGGAGGUAUAGCUGGUCUCCAGCUGGAGAUAGAAUGGGAGAAUCAGCAAACCCCUUUGGAAUUUCAGGGCUGAUGUGUUUAGCCAUGGAAUAUGUGGCAUGCUGUAUAGCAAAGUAGAUGGUAAAAUACAAAUAUUACGCUAUGUCAUAAGGCUGUUUUUGCAUUAGGAUCAAUUUAAGUAAUAGAAUUUAGACGAAACAUGGUCCUCCAUUGUCUAUAAAGCAUCAGAUCAAAUUAACAGAAUUUGUUUUAUAUAUGCAUUAUAUUACUCAAAUCAAUCCAUGAACUAACAUUUACAGUUGACUGUUGUUAAUGACAAUUCAAGCAAGAAAAUAUCAGAGCACCAUGAUCAAUUAUCAUCAAUGAAACACUGAAAUUACACAAAAUAAUGACUAAUCUAAUAUUAAAGUUUUUGUCAUCUGUUGUAAAUUAUGCAGAAAUCAAAAUAAAAUGGGCAGAAAUGGAGGGUGUGCAACUUAAA